AUGGAGUCAGGCAUCUCACAGGCCUUCCAGGAAGAGCUCACCUGCCCCAUCUGCUUGGGCUGCCUAACAGACCCAAUCACCAUAGCCUGUGGCCACAGCUUCUGUCGGGCCUGCCUCUGCCUUUCCUGGGAAGACCUCCAAGUUCCUGUCCACUGUCCCACGUGUAGGCAUCCAUCCCAUCAGAAGGACUUCAGAACCAAUGUUGUUCUGAAAAAAUUGGUGCUCAUUUCCAGACAGGACAUUCUCAUUAAGUACCUGAACUCUGAGGAGAACAAGUGUGUGACCCACAAGGAGGCAAAGAGGAUCUUCUGUGAGGAGAACAGGGUCCUCCUCUGUCAACUGUGCUCUGACUCCCAGGAGCACAAGGGUCACAGACACUGUCCCACUGAAGCAGCUGCUGAGGGGCAAAUGGACUACGUGUCUCUUCAGAAAGAAAUGAUCAGGAUGGAGUAUAGGAAAGUACAUCCAAUCCUCUAUGAAGAAGAAAAGAAACAUAUAGAGUGUAUGGAAAAUGAAGGCCAAGCUCUUUUAGAGAAACUCUGGGAAAGCAGAGCCUCGAUGGUCCGAAAAAGGAAUCAAUUAAUAGAAAUGUAUCGGGAGCUGAUGACAAUGUCCCAGCAGCCAUAUGUGGUGCUGCUCCAGGACAUGGAAGACGUGUUCAGAAGGAGUGAGUCAGUGCAGCUGUUCAUGCCCCAGGUGAUGAAACCAGAGCUCAGUGCCCUGCCCAUCAUUGGACUGAUUGAGAGGUGCAAGUUCUUCCAAGUGAACAUAUUCUUUGGAAAUGCAAUCUUACUCCAUGACAAGAUGAACCUAUUUAGGUUCAUGAGAAGAUUCAGCUUUAGCCCUCACCAUCAGGAGACAUCUGUGGAAUCAGCUGGACACUAUUUUGCUUCCUGUGGAUCACAGAGCUUCUUCUCUAGGAAAUAUUACUGGGAGAUGGAUUUAAUGGACUCUCCGGAAUGGGCUAUAGGAGUCUGUGAGGAUGUCUUUUUAACAAAUAGAAGGCAGCAGACUGAACCUGAGGGUGUAUUUCUCCUUGUGUGUGUGAAGAAGGGUAAUCAGUACAGUCUCCUCACCAUCUGUCCAGUAAUUCAUCACUAUAUAGAGAAGCCAGUGGGCCGGGUUGGUGUGUUCCUUGAUUGUGAGGGUGGAUAUGUAAGUUUCCUGGAUGUAGCCAAGAGUUCCCUCAUAUACAGUUUCCCUCCUGGCACUUUCAAUUACCCUGUCAGACCUUUCUUCUCUUUUGGUGGCAUUUUGAUAGAAAGCAUAAUCUAG